AUGACUCCACAAUCUCCCUCCCCUGUACCCUCUACAGUUUCCUCUACCGCAACGUCACAUAUAUCCAGCGACCAUGGCGAACGACAGGUAACACAGGCUUUGGCAGGCAUGCAUCUGUCUGCCCUGAAUGGGGAUGCAGCGCUUCCCCAUUCAGCGAAACCAGCUAAGCCAACCAUGGCGAAUCGCAUCUCCCGCAUGUUCUCUAGUACGGGAAAAUCCACUCCCAGGGAAGCAGAGUCGUCGCGCGAAUUAUCAGAUAGCAGUUCGGAUGGCGGAAAGUCCUCCGCCAAUGGCGCCGGAAAACAAUCUCGGCCGACAUCUAAACCCCCGUCCAGGGCUCCCUCACGACAAACAUCAACCAAAGACGUAAACGAAAAGAGACCAAAGCCUGCCGACAAGAACCAGAAGGAAGGAUCAAUCUUACAGAAGCGCUUCGAGACGUUCCCGGAUAACUCCCACUGCCAUCACCUCAAGAGCACGAGACGACAAGAGAAACUGACUGACCUCCUUCGAGACAUGCUAGGUGGACGGAAAAAAGAUGACCAUGCCGAGGAUCAGCAGCUUUCAUUAAUGUCGACGUGGAUCGACCAGUUCAAGAGUGAACGAGACAAGUUGGCCGCAGACAAGAAAGGAGGCCCUAACGCCACUCAAUCGCUGGUCGACAAGUACGGCAAAUGCCAGGAGAUUGUUGGGCGAGGUGCCUUCGGUAUUGUCAGAAUAUCUCACAAGGUGGAUCCGAAGGACUCGAAAGUCGAGCAGCUGUACGCCGUCAAGGAGUUUCGCCGUCGUCCCCAAGAAACCAGCAAAAAGUACCAAAAGCGACUGACCUCUGAAUUUUGCAUUUCUUCGUCUCUUCGCCACCCAAACAUUAUCCACACGCUCGACCUCCUCCAAGACGCCAAGGGCGACUACUGCGAGGUUAUGGAGUACUGUGCAGGCGGCGAUCUCUACACCCUCGUACUGGCUGCAGGGAAGCUAGAGGUUGCCGAGGCUGAUUGCUUGUUCAAGCAAUUAAUGCGGGGUGUGGAGUACAUGCACGAAAUGGGCGUCGCUCACCGUGACCUCAAACCAGAGAAUUUAUUAUUGACGACUCACGGCGCUCUCAAGAUUACGGAUUUCGGAAACGGCGAGUGCUUCCGCAUGGCGUGGGAAAAGGAAGCGCACAUGACGGCCGGUCUCUGUGGCUCCGCGCCUUAUAUCGCCCCAGAAGAGUACACCGACAAAGAAUUUGACCCGAGAGCAGUGGAUAUAUGGGCUUGUGGUGUCAUCUACAUGGCCAUGAGAACCGGUCGACAUCUGUGGAAGUUGGCUCGCAAGGAUGAGGACGACUUUUACAAACGAUACCUGGAGGGACGCAAGCAUGAAGACGGUUACGCACCUAUUGAGACUCUACAUCGGGCACGUUGCCGCAACGUCGUCUACUCCAUCCUAGACCCAAAUCCAUCUCGGCGUAUCAACUCAUCUCAGAUCUUGAAAUCUGAGUGGGUUCGCGAGAUCAAACUAUGUCAAGCUGGUGAGGAAGGCUUCUAA